AUGUUCAAGUCCUUCUUGUUUGCAACUUUUCUCUUGGCACUUCUGCUCAUUGCUCAAGCACGUGAAGAUGAUAAAAACAUUGGGCUUUAUCAACUCAAAAGAGGAAAUAUGCAGUUGAAUUUUACAAACUAUGGUGCAACAAUUAUCUCUGUCAUUCUCCCUGAUAGACAUGGUAAUUUAGCUGACGUUACGCUUGGCUACGAUUUCAUUCAGCAAUACCAGAAUGAUACAUGUUACUUCGGAGCCCUUAUUGGACGUGUGGCAAAUAGAAUUGGACACGCUCAGUUCACUUUGGAUGGCAAAACCUAUCAAUUGCCUGCUAAUGAUCACGGGAACACACUCCAUGGUGGAACAACAGGGUUCAGUGAUGUUGUAUGGACAGUAGAAAGCCACAGGGAAGAUAGUCACAUAACAUUCACCUAUGACAGUUGUGACAGAGAAGAAGGCUUCCCUGGCCAACUCAAAGUCUCUGUGACAUACAUGUUAAUUGGAACAAACAAAUUGGCUGUGAAAAUGAUUGCCAAUCCAGUAGACAAAGCCACACCCGUGAAUCUAGCACAGCACUCAUACUGGAACCUGAGGGGUCACAACAGUGGUGACAUCCUCUCACACAAAGUUCAGAUUUUUGGGUCACAUAUCACACCAGUGGAUGACAAGCUCAUCCCAACUGGUGAAAUCCAAUCUGUGAAGGGCACCCCAUAUGAUUUCCUUGAACCAAAAGAAGUGGGUAGCCAAAUCAAUGACCUUCCAGGUCUAUAUGACAUGAACUAUGUCCUUGACAAAGGUAGCUCCGAGCACUUUAGAAAGGUGGCAAUAAUAAAAGACGAUGUCUCUGGUAGAAAGCUAGAGUUAUGGUCAAACCAACCUGGUGUUCAGUUCUAUACUAGUGGCAUGUUGAAGGAUACUAAGGGCAAAGAUGGAGCCAUUUAUCAUAAGCAUGCUGGUAUUGCCAUGGAAACACAGGGUUUUCCUGAUGCUGUCAAUCGUCCAAAUUUCCCAUCACAGAUUGUGCGUCCUGGGGAGACAUACAAGCACUUCAUGGUCUACAGAUUCACAGCUGAAUAA